CUCACUUCCUUCCUCGUUGUGCUGUCUCGUGAAGUGAAUUUUCGGUCCAGCUCUACUUAUAGUGGAGGGGGUCGUGUAAGUCGCUCCUAGAACAGCACGGGUUGAAAUGUACGCUGCGUCACGCUCAAAAAUCACUCGGGACUCAAUCAGGACUUGAAAACUUUGCAAAAGUCUACUUAACAUAAAACUAGUGACUCAAUCACGGUCAGAGCCCAAUUUUAUUCAAAAUCAUUGGAUUUAUAUACUCAAUGGAUAUAAAGACGGGUUAAUAAACUAAUUGCUUAACCCAUACUGUAGAUAUUCUGAUACUGUGGGGAUAGGGCUUGAAGAUUUUUUUUAAACUGGCUUCCAACCCAAAACCGACAGAGCCAGAGGACAGAAGAUUGUGGCAAGACAUUGUUAAUAUCGCCAAGACACUUGGGCCGACAAUACUCCAGGAUUGUGCGUAUCACUACACAAUAUAGGUUUGUGUUGUGACUAACCAAGUGAGGUCAAAGUCAUUUUUUUGCGUGUCUGCACGAAGGGUUUAAGUUUGGACAUUUCAAAAAAGGAUAGUUUUUUUGCUGUUGAAAUUUCGGACUUCGUCAUUUGACAUUUAUUAAGUCUUUCAAGCCCUCAACACUUUUGGAUAUCUUGCGUGAGUUUGUGUGAUUCCUGAUAUUAAUCCCACUAUGGAUCUCGAAAUUGAUGAUAGUAUGGCGGGUAUGCCUGUGCCUGCCGUGCCUGCCGCGCCUGCCGUGCCUGCUCGGAGUUAUCCAAGGAAUGAUCAGCCGAGAAGGUUCCAGCGAAAAGACUCAGUUGUCAGCUUCUCAGCGAGCACAAACUCCCAAACACCCAUCCUAAAACAAAGGAGCUACUCUCAGAGUUCCUACGGAGGGAGAUCAAUGGACAGUGGCAAUAGCACGGCCUCAACAGAAGACAAAGUGGAAAUCACGAAGUUGAAACUUUAUAUUAAAAUUGGAUUGGGGAUUCUAAUUCCUGUUGUUGUCAUCUUGUUUAUUGCUGUCAUAUAUCUCUUCAUGACCGUCCACACUUCGAAAAAUACUCACUACCCAGAUAGAGGAGUGCCUAGCUUUGGCAAACAGACUGGUCGUGACGAGAAGGAGCAUAUUUGCGUCGAGUGUAAAAAGCUGCAAUUUGCGCUAGCCUCCGAGAACAUCAUCCUCAACAAACUGUUACAUAAGAUGAACGGAGGGAAACAAAUGUGUUGCGCAAGGACUGCUGAGCAGACAGACCUAUUUAUGAAGAGAUAUUUUGAUGUAAAGAUCAAAGAAGAAAGAGCAAGCGGUGGGCUGUGUAUGGGCACCUCCACGGGAUUCUCAGGGCGAGAUUUUAGGAACAGCCACAGCGCCUCCUUCCCCAAGGAUGGAGUCCGGUGCACUAACUCGAAGAACCCUUCCGUUCAUUUAAUCGGCACUAAUGAGCUGAAGGAUGAUGAUUUGAGCGCAGACCCCGAUAUCGUCACCAAAUGGGCUGACAACUCUGACAUCGCCUUCCGUAACAGCGUCAGCUUCAAUAGGAAGACCGGAGUAUUGACUGUACCCAAGAAUGGCUUCUAUUACGUCUACAGCCAGAUUCACUUCAUCCAAAUUUUCCCCCGCGUUUCGAAGUACCCGAACUCCGAACAUCGGUCGGCAUACGAUAAAACGCCCAGCGUCAACAGCCUAACACACACGAUCAAGCGAACUCACCACAACUAUUACCCCGAGGAGAUGCUGAAGCGACGACAGUCACAGUGCUGGGUGACCAACAAGCUCUACAGCGAAUACACAAGUUAUAUGGGCGGCAUAAUGAGCUUGCGACAGGGCGAUGAGAUAUAUGUGGAGGUGUCGAACAAGUCGAUGAUUUCGAGUCAGUCUAAGAUGAACUUCUUUGGCUUGUUCUACGUUGCACCAAAUGAUGGAAUGUUUGGAAAGGUCUAAUACACCAGUACCACGACUGACCGACAGUUCAUUAUGGGCAUGAUGAUCAACCGUGCACACUAGUACUGUUGAUCCAAUCAUGUGCGGACGUUGCUUGGUCGCAACAAAAUUAUAUAGGAUAACAUUUGAUUUAACGACCAGCUUGUUUUGUGUUAUUGAUGCCCCCGUGUACGUGUCUGCUUGGAAAUUGGGUACAUACGAUUAUCAUUUUUACAUUCGACCUUGGAUUAAAUCCAAUGAACUAUUCAGCGACAAGACAUUCGGUGCUUCACAUUUAUGUAUGAUAUGUGCAAUAGGAAGUGCUUGCAUGCAUAGAAAUGGGGAUUUUAAAUCUUGGAUUGUAUGAACAAAUAAACUAUGUUGAUGUUUUGUCAAAUAUUGUAGAAAUCGAGAUGCUGCUGAUUAACAGAAGGUAACAUGACGCAGAUGUUUUCGUUCACCUACAUUUCACAUAGAUAAUAACAUAUAAUUGGUGACCCGUCACAGCAAAACCAGGCGCAUGUCGCUCUGAGCUUGGCAGGUUGAGAAGGACUGUUGAUUCAUUUCUCCAUGUCGGCCUUUUGUGAAAUAUGAGCACAUCAAUGUCUUCCAUUAUCUCCUUGUAUCAUUUGGGCAAAUCUUCUGUGUGACAUGUACCUGGUUUUGCUGUGACGGGUCACAUAUAUAAGACCAUUUUCAAUCGACACGAUUGACUUUGGAGGAUACGGGGAAAGGCAAGUAAAUGGAGUACUAUUUUCGUUUGAGUUCAAAUUAUACUGAGAAUGAUUACCUGAAUGCUUUGAAUGUUGGUGUGCUGGCACAUUAAUACAAUUGUACAAUGGGCAGUAGGAGCAGUUAGCUGAUAAUGCGCCUACAUUAAGGUUGUUGGUAUGCUGAUGUAUUCAUCAAGAAAUAUUCCCUUAUUUCAUUUUAAUGACACGCAAAGUUACAUGAUAACAUGGAGUGCACCACAUUUAAAUGAGAUUAGAAGAACAAUUAUUUAAUAAAUUCAAUCAGUUAUCGUAGAAAUUUUAAUUCAUUUUAGCAAAGGCAUGCAUGAUUAAACCAUUGCAAUCAUCUCUCACUAAAGCAAGUAUAUACAUUAGUUUCAGUUUAAAUUUCAUGAUAUGUUAUACGUAAAGCAGCAUGCUAUGCCACUGUCAAGUAAAUACUAGUUUACAGUAAAUGGCCGUGAUCACUCAGCGAUGCACUGUACGUACAGAUGCUUCAUCUUUAAUAGCCAAAAUGUGUCGGUUUGAAAGUUACAAUACUAUUAAUGCUUUUUACAGAAUGUCCACCACAACAUGUAAAGACUUAUAGUCUGAAAAUACUUUUGUCUUCCGAUUGAUGGACAGUGUUGCACCUUGGAGGAAUUAUAUUUAGCGAUAUUUACUUAAUUCAGGAGUUUUUCAGUCAAAAUCUGGGGAAAUGCAGUACCAAGACGAUGUUAUCAAAGUACAUUUUCAAAAAGUUGAAAAUUUACUCGUGACUUACGCUGAGGUUGAACUCAAUAUAAAAUGUGAGCAGUCUAGAUAAAUCCUUUACGCAUUUAAGUGAAAUUCCUUGCUAUGUAAAUUCCUUGCACUGCGUCACCUAUAAUGAGAUUUGGGUUUGAAAAAGAAAAAAUGGACAGAAGGAUACCUGAAUUCGCGACACAUCAUUUAUCGUCCUAUUAUUAGCAAAAUUGACCAUAACAUCCUAACUUAAUUCUGAAUUAUUCAAGAAAUGAAUAGCCCUUUAAUCAGCAACACAUCAGUUAUCGCUGUAUUAGCUAGAACUGGUCAUCUCAGGUAUCUAAGGCUGAACUUCAUUGUUGAUCUACAAAUCAGUCGAAUUUAUAAGAUGUGUCUGCAAUAAAAUUGCACUUUUUUGUCUUUCCACAAGCUAUGUCACUGCCGUAGGGUAACAUGUUAAUAUUUGAUAGAUUUUCUUAGGAUACAGUUUCAAAAUCAGUUUUCUUUUUAAUGAAUUAUCCUGCAUUGAUUUCCAUACGUCGAAUAGAACAUAUAUUUAUAAUAAAGUAACGUUGUGAAUAAGUGAUGCAACCAGGCAAUCACAUCAUUUUGUAACCCUACCGUUACAACAUCUACAUUUCAUAAUUAUAUGAUGAGACGUGCAGACCAAUUGCUGAGGUGUUCUUUUUCUCAACCAUUGUUGGUUUUAGGUGUUUACUUUUCCUACUUUUAUCGGUAUUUGGGUUCAAGUUUGC